ACCGAAUACGCAACUUCAAAGGCCGGCUAAAAAAAAAAAAAAAGAUAACAAAUAGUUUCGUUCGAACGGAGCAUAAUUUCAUUGAGUUAAAAUUUAAAGUAGGCGACAUAUAAAAUGAACGCAUUGCGGCACACAAUAUCCUUGGCGUCGCUGAGUACGUUCCAGCUUCUUCGCCGAUCCAAGGGCCAGCACAUACGGGGCUUUCUCCUGGGUACCGGGCUGGGACUAACUACCUUUUCAGUUGUCACGUACGCCGAUGCGGCGGCUGCAGAAGACCAUGCAAAGGUCAAGCAGACACUUAAUGCAUCACGGUUCAUGGCCGAACCCAUUACAGAUCCUAAGGAACUUCUGGCGGACAAGGACAACAUGCGCCAUCGCAUGGAACUGUUGAUUUUAGAGAUUCAGGCAGAAUUUUGUCGUGCUCUGGAGGCGGAGGAGAACUGUGGCCAGCGCUUCGCGGUGGAUCGGUGGAAACGUGCGGAGGGUGGUGGCGGAAUUACGUGUGUCCUGCAGGACGGCGAUGUUUUUGAGAAAGCCGGCGUCAACAUCUCUGUGGUCACCGGCUGGCUACCGCCGGCCGCUGUCGAGCAGAUGCGAGCCCGCGGCAAGAAAUUAAACUCAGACAAGAAGUUGCCGUUCUAUGCAAGCGGCGUGAGUGCCGUCAUCCAUCCUCGUAAUCCGCACGUACCCACAAUCCACUUCAACUACCGAUACUUCGAGGUAGAGACGGCCAAGGGAGAGAAGCAAUGGUGGUUUGGCGGCGGUACCGACCUGACACCGUACUAUCUUUCCGAGAAGGACGCCUGCCACUUUCACCAGACCCUCAAGUCUGCCUGCGACGAGCACGACUCUACUUACUAUCCACGUUUUAAGAAAUGGUGCGACGACUAUUUCCGCAUCAAGCAUCGAAAUGAGAGCCGCGGUAUCGGCGGAAUCUUUUUCGAUGAUAUCGACACACCCAAUCAGGACUCUGCCUUCAAGUUUGUGUCCAGCUGCGCCAAGGCCGUGAUCCCGUCUUAUAUGCCAUUAGUUCGUAAUAACAAAAACCGAGAGUACGGUGCCAAUGAGCGCCAAUGGCAGUUGCUUCGCCGAGGUCGGUAUGUGGAGUUUAACCUGAUCUAUGAUCGGGGCACCAAGUUUGGGCUCUACACCCCCGGAGCCCGGUAUGAAAGCAUUCUAAUGUCACUUCCCCUGCAUGCUCGGUGGGAAUACAUGCACGAACCUAGCCCCAAGUCCGAGGAAAGCAAGCUAUUAAAGGUUCUACGAAACCCCAAGGAAUGGGUCUAAGCCUCUAUUUAUUCUGUAAUCAUAAGCGGGGAAAUGGUGCCUUUCGUUUCAUUUUUCUAAAUGGCAAUAUGUAAAUACAAAACAUAUUUUAUUUGUUGAUGAUAA